UUCAAUGGGAUCACUAAGGUCUGUUAAACAACUUCUUGUUGUUUCCACAUUAUGUUGAAAAAAUAGCGGAGACUGGGCCCUUAUUGUAAACUGCCUCUACCUACUGGGACAUCUCUGAUGCUGAACAUUUAAAAAUAUCUCCCAAUUUUCAUUUACCUCCUUUUAAAUCUGACUAAACUGAUGUUAUUUAUGUGCACUAUUUUUAAAUGUGCUUUCUAAAUACAUUUGAUGUGAGACUAGAAGUUUCCUCUAACUAUGGGGAGCAACUUGAUUCUUCAUUGAUGGAUUUUAACAGACAGGGCCUCAAAAGGGGUGUAGUUAAGGAACCGCCUGUCCGCACUGUUUCAAAGGCAAACAAAAUCCACUAGCCUUGAGUAAAGUCCAAUGGGAAUCACACAGAGAACAAGCAGAUAGUACAGUCUGCUUUGCAGUAACUGGUCCUUGCAAAUAAAACAAAGAAGCGCAGAUUCCAGCUAUCAUCCUCAGUCCGAGGUCUGAGCUGUGAUAUCAUGGAUCUCCUUCACAGCUGGGGGGUUGAUCUGGCCAUUCAUCUGCAGACCAGAUACAGCAGGUAUGAGGGCCUGUUUAGCCUGGCCUCUGCCGUGGCGGAUCUGCACACUACGUUCUUCUACCUGUUCCCUGUAUGGUUCUAUAUGCGCAAGGACACGGGGGUCAGGCUAAUCUGGGUGGCUGUCAUCGGAGACUGGCUCAAUUUAGUUCUGAAAUGGGUCCUUUCUGGGGAGAGGCCCUACUGGUGGGUUCAUGAGACCCAGUUUUACGGAGCAGGAAAGGCCCCAUCACUGCAGCAGUUUCCUAUCACAUGUGAGACUGGACCUGGGAGCCCUUCAGGUCAUGCUAUGGGUGUAGCUGGCGUCUGGUAUGUGAUGGUUUCUGCUCUGCUUUCAAUCGCAAAAGAAAAACAAUGCCCCUUAUUACUAUACAGACUGUUCCAGAUAGGCUUGUGGGCCUUAAUGGUUCUGGUGGUGCUGAUCGUCUGCAUGUCCAGGGUUUUCAUGGCGGCUCACUUCCCACAUCAGGUUAUUGCCGGGGUCAUCACGGGCAUAGUAGUUGCUGGUAUAGUUUCCAAGAAGAAGUGGAUUUACAGCGCCAGCAUGAACAAAUACCUCCUCAUCACCCUCUUCUUGACAUUCUUUGCUAUUGGCUUCUACCUGUUGCUUAAAAUUGUAGGAGUGGACCUACUUUGGACUUUAGACAAAGCCCACAAGUGGUGCAUCAGAUCGGAAUGGAUCCACCUGGACACCACGCCCUUUGCCAGCCUCCUACGUAACAUGGGUAGUCUAUUUGGCCUCGGACUGGGGCUGCACUCUGCUCUCUACAGUGGCAUCAAGAAAAACACAAACGCUGCUUUCAAGAUGGGGUGCAUUAUGAUCUCUUUGUUCUUCCUUCAGUUCUUGGAUGGAUGGACAUUUUCUUCAGACAACCAUGUGACUUUCUAUAUCCUAUCUUUUGGUAAGAGUGCCUUUGCACUUUUAAUCCCAACCACUUUGGUUCCUUGGGCUCUCUACAGGAUGUGCAAAGGAAUUAAGCUGGAUAAGAAUUUAUGAUUUAUAUCUUACUUAGUGUUUCAAGUCAACUACUAGUUUUAGUUCUUUCUUAUUUGCAAAAAUUGUUUUCUUCCCUUUAUAAAAGAAAACUGGGGAAAUUAACACCAGUCAUAUGUGAGUUGCUAAAACUAUCCUGGUGCGCAAAGAAGCAACCAUCCUCAUUUCAUUUCUGACCACAGCGACCCAAAGUUUUAAAGCUAAACCCAAACAUACCUCUUGAUUAUCAGAAGUCAGUAAUUUACUUGCAACACAGUGUGACAGUGGGGCUUGAGCCGACAAUAAAACGACAAAACAAGAAUAGCACUUGAGAUUUUCAGGUCAUUAUGUUUCUGGUCUCUGCAUGUUACUAUAACAGUUUACUUAGGUUUUAUAAAUAACUUUACUCAUAUGGGAAAUCACGUCUUAGAAUCAUGUCCACAUGUUUGUGACUAGAAGUAACUACUGCAGACAGAUUAAAUUGCAAAUCUGAUAAAUAUAAAAUAUAAAUAUUAAUAGCUCAAAGCCUAAAUAUGUUUACAUGAAUCAUUAACCUAAUGUCCUCAGUGCACUUUGUUAGUUCUCUAAACACAUAAGUGCAAUGCAUGUCUACUAUGUUUAUGAUUUAAUCAUUAGAAUUACAAUCAUACAUAUACAAGAGCGAAUAGUCUUUUUACAGAUAGUAAUAAAUACAUUUUUGUAAACAUUUACUACGGAAGAUGGUUUAAAUAGUUUGUUAAGGGGAUCCUAAUAAGUUAGCAGGUUAUUUGCACAUCAUGUUGAAAACGUUUCGAAAGAACCUUAAGAGUCAGUAGCAUUUUUACAGUUAGCAAUUUAACCCUAUUUGAAAAAUGAAAAUGCUCUAAAGCUUCUCCUAAUUGGAACUUACAAAUCACCCUAACAAGAAAAGUUAGGAGUUACCACCUAAUUAGCUUAGGGUGUGACAAGGGGUAGAAAUCAGAUGCAUGAAGCAGCAUAGACAUUGCCUACCACAGGCUAUUUGCAAAAAGAAACUUUCAGCAUCAACUUUUUUUUAUUAUGGACAUUCUACAAUAAUUGAAUCCCGCUCACACAAAAGCCCAUAUUGUAAUUUGUCAUUAAAUAAAAUAUGUGUUUUUUUAUGCUGAGAGCCAUGACUUUGGUCAAAUAUUUUUUUUUAGGAUGGCUACAUAUUGCUUUGCCAAUUGAUUUUAAUUCCUUGGUCAUCACCACUGACUUUAAGAGGCUAAAUAUGUAGAUGGCAUUAGAAGAGGUGUUUCAUAUUUACAUGGAGCUCUACAGACUAUAAUUCUAAAACUGUAUAAAUCUUAUCAAUUCCUGUUUCUCAAUCUAGUUUCUAAAACACACAUCUGAACUGUGGCAGUAGUUGUUAAGUGUUGUUAUAGAAUAUAAUCAAACUGGUAUUGUUUGAAGCCAUUUGUUUUGACCAUUUAAUGACACAACAGUGUCAGAACAGUCUUGCCUGCUAAUAUAAGCAAACUAUAAUGAGUCUAGUAUUUUCUCAAGUCUCAAAGUAUGAUUCUAUGCUGGUCUUUUUGAAACUCCCUCUGCCUACCUGAACACACAUCUCAUCGCACGUCACUGUCCUCAAAAUGUUAAUAAAAA